GAGCGCGCAGGGUGCGGCUUUUGACGGACCCGGAAAUGCACCAAUAAGUUUGAUCAACGGCUCUGAGCUUUACUGCGUUUAUUUUAACUUUCUAUCAGCUGAUAUGAGUUUUCACUACGGACAGGGUUAUCACGGAGCAAACAACCCCCCCGGAGCCCCGUACGGCAGACCCACGGGCCCCUAUGCGCCCCCGCCUCAUGCGCCUUAUGGAGGAGGCGCACAGCCGCCCGGGGCGCCCUACGGAGGAGGCUACGGAGCCCCGGGACACGGAGCUCCCUACGGACAGGGACCUCACGCUGCCCCCGGGGGACCCUACAGCGGGUAUGGAGGACAGCCUCACGGGGGACAGCCUCACGGGGGACAGCCUCACGGGGGACAGCCUCACGGGGGACAGCCUCACGGGGGACAGCCUCACGGGGGACAUUAUGGACACCAUGGACCACAAGGUAAUGUCCCCCCUGGCAUAAACCCUGAGGCGUACCAAUGGUUUCAGAGUGUAGACGCCGACCGCAGCGGCUACAUCAACAUGAACGAACUGAAACAGGCUCUGGUCAACUCCAACUGGUCUGCCUUCAAUGACGAGACCUGCCUCAUGAUGAUCAAUAUGUUUGACAAGACCAAAACAGGACGUAUCGACAUGUACGGCUUCUCGGCUCUGUGGGAGUUCAUGCAGCGAUGGAGGGCGCUGUUUCAGCAGUACGACAGGGACCGGUCCGGGUGUAUCAGUGGAACAGAGCUACAUCAAGCUCUCGCACAGAUGGGCUACAACCUGAGCUCCCAGUUUGCAGAGACACUGGUCCGGAGGUUCACCGUUCGUGGAGCGAGGCCCGGGAUUCAGCUGGACCGCUUCAUCCAAGUGUGCACCCAGCUCCAGAGCAUGACCGACGUCUUCAGGGAGAGAGACACCGCCCGGUCCGGCAACAUCCGCAUGAACUAUGAGGACUUCUUAAGCAGUGCCAUUACCAGACUCAUGUGAUCAUUCCUCAGGCCCAAAGUUUACGAGCGGCAGUUACAGCGUCGUUUGCUGUGAGUGAGUUUGCUUGGUGCUUUAGGUAAAACCAUAGACUGUAUAUAGAAAUGGACAUAGCUAACCUGCUAGCCGCCGCGUUACAAACAGGAAGUGAGCAUGGACGCGCUUCCUGCUGCAAUUUUGAAAAACUGGGGCCCCUUUCUCUGUAACUGCUGUUGGUCUUAAAAACAAAACAAAAAACAGUAGAGCGGCUUAAUACGAACAUUUUAUUUCAUUAUUGUGUCUGUAAAUCAAGAUUUGAACAUUAAAAAGAAACAAAUCAGGCGCUGUCUUUCCCCAAGGUUGUCCCCGCUAGCGUUAGCAACAGGUUCAAUUGACAGCGUUGCUAAGUGCCAGCUCCGUGCUAAACCAGUGAUGCAGACAGGAAGAGGCGUUACCUUCAACAACCUCGCUCCAGAUCGGCUCUUUGGUUGCUGUGAUACUCGCGAUCGGAAUUUCAAAUAUGGAAAUAAGCUCCAAAUUCGCCGCUAUAACUGCUAGCCUGGAUUAGCUUCAUUUGACUGGAGUCCACUUCUUUAUACAGUCUAUGGGUAAAACACACCAUUGCCAAUAAUACAUUUCAGAAUUUGCACAUUGUACUAUUCCAGGAUGCCAAAUAAGGUCAAGAGGUCGUUCUGUUUUACAUUCACGAGUUCUGUGGUUCUGAAUAGUUUUUGUUUCAGUUACCUCUUGGCUCGUACCCCUCAACUUAUGCACUAGGCCCAGGCAAAUAAAUCUGUGUAUUAUAAUCACAUGUUGCCAGUUAAUAUUAUGAAUUAUUAUCUUUUUUUUUUUAACUGAUACUUUGCAGCAGAUGUCAUCAACAUUCCCUGGGGAGGAGUGAAGCUAACUGAAGCUCUGUUACUCAAGUUAGACUUAAUCUGAGCUUUGUUUAAACACAAUAUGACCAGAAACAGCUGAUUUGUGCACUUAAACAAGUCUCUCACACAUAAAAUUGCGCUCACAAGCUAGCUAGCGUUAGCCAGCAGUCCUUCAGUUAGUCUUUCUCACCUUUUUAUUGAAAAUUAAACUCUUAAACUGGACCACAAACGCUCGGAUUGAUCACAAGCUCCUGAAAAUGUGUUUGUUUAAAUCCAUUUUGUUUUUGUUUUUUCUGGCGUUUAUCUCAAAUCUGUUUUCUGCGUCACCGUGGUAACUGCUCAACGUGAACAUUCCGCAAAUAAAGCUGCACGUAGAACACCCCCAGAGCGACGUCACUGCAAAGUAUCAACGAAAUGGAUGUCCAAAAUUCUGCAAAAACAUCGUCAAGGAUGUAAAAAUGGUUUAUAUUCAAAUACAAUUCAAUUUCGCUGCUUUUAAAAUCUGAAAUCCUCCCAAGUGCCCCCUUUUUUCCCAGUCCGGGCUGCCGUUCCUCUGGUUGGGAAACACUGCUCUCGUUUGCAAAAUCAGACACAAAGGAAUGUCCUGUCACUUUUGUUAUUAUUCCUUUUCAUCGCCAGUUUGAUUUUUUUUAAGUUCAUACGUCACUUCGUCAAUGGUUUGUUUAGCUGUAAAAGUUCUAUGCAAUACGUUUUCCUUUUGAAAUACGUGCGUUCGGUUCCUCUCUUUCAUACUUGAAUUUUGUAUAUUUGUUUGUUACGUCUUCAUGACACAAAGCUAUGCACACGGACAGUAUCUUAAUCGAUUCUACCAGCAGCCAGCCCCAAGAACUUCUGCUCUGAAUGUACGAAAACGACAUCGUAUCGUCUUAAAACACACGGAGCUUUUCUGCCAAAUACACAACACGCCGUGCUUUUCUAACCUUUGCUUUGUGCCGACAUUAAACUAACGCUUUUUGUAAUUAUUUGGCAACAUUAUUUUUGUAAUAUAUAAUAAACAUAUCUAAGCUCCGA